AUGUCUCCCCGACUCGGUACCUUCCUGUUGAAGGCCCUCGUUCUGUUGGGAUAUGCUCAUGCUUGGGGAGAGGAUGGUCACUCCAUCGUAGCGGCAAUUGCUCAGCGGAUAGUAUCUGAUAGAGUCAUUGAGGGGGUGAACGAAACACUUGGUAGAGGACAGGAUAUGAUAGGCGUCGCCUGUUGGGCUGACAAGGCCUCUCAUAGUGCUCAGUAUCGAUGGACAGCUCCCCUUCACUUCGUCGAUACUCCUACCAAGCAGUGUCAGAUGGUCUAUGAACGUGACUGUCGUGAUGAUUUUUGUGUUAUUGGCGCCAUUUAUAAUUACACUAAUAGAGCUAUUUCGAAGAGCGUCUCUCGGGCGGAACGCGAGUUCGCCAUGAAACUGGUUACCACCGACUUUGCACCUCCUGGUCCCCGUCACAAGGUAUCGAGUAAGCUUCAUCAGGUGUGGGAUAGUGGUUUGAUAUUACAAGACGAGUUCGAGCUACGCGUUCAACGUCGUAGAGAGCACAGGAAGAUACCGCCGCAUCCUCCGUAUAGACAUAAAUUCGAGGAGAGAUGGCAUGAGCUCUUCGAGCACCUGUGGACAAAGCUGUCCAAGGGUGGGGAGUAUGCCAAGCACCGUGAGGAGUGGCUGGCACCAUGUCGACAGAAUGGUCUUCAAGAAUGCACCAAGACGAUGGCUGAAGAGAGUCUAGCAGUGGCCUGCACUGCUGCGUACCAUGAUGAGUACCGCCGAUGGAUUGCAGAUGGGGACGUGCUGGACCGCAAUUACUUUCUUACGCGGAACCCGCUGAUGGAGGAGCAGUUGGCCAAAGGAGGGGUUCGGCUCGCCUGGGUACUUCAGCAGAUGUUCGGCAGCAACCGUCAUCGUCAUCGGGGUCGCAAGCCGACAACGGGCGAAGAUCAUGUGGCCUCGAUCGGCAUGCCUCCGGUGAUGCCGCCUAUGAUGCCCUUCGUACCCCUCGUAGCACCACCGAUGCCCAUGGCUAGGCACGGAGCAGCCAUCCAGGGGGCUUCAUCUUCGAGUUCGAUUGAGCCGAUGAGAGCAGCAGCGCCUGUCUGGGAGCGAGUCCAUCUCCCUUCUGAUACCGCGGCUCGAGAAGCACUCCGAUCGAAGCUUCUUGAAUGGGAUAUGGAAUUGGAUGCCCAUGGAGAGGCACUGCAAGGGAGUGCCCAUCUUGCUGAAGACAUCCGCCACGCCGUGAACGAGCUUUGUACUAGUGUGUCUGAGCAGCAACGUAUACAGAUGUCAUUGUACAGUGCAAUGGGUCAUGGUAAAGGACGGAGAGGGGGCACGCAGUAUUACAGCAACAAGGUAAGCCUGCAUAGGGCGAAUCUACAGGGUCUCCAGCAAGCCAUGGAGAAGAUAACAACGUCAUUGCAGUCGUUGGAUGAGGACAAAUGUCCAGCUCUAUCGGAGUGGCUGAACGGUCUCACCGCCACUACCGACAAGGUCAAUGGGGCCUUCCUUCAUCAGGAUCUGUCGGAGAAGGUGGUGGACCCAUCCAGCUUCGUCUCCGGGUUGGAGAGCAUUCGAGAUGCCAUUAAAGCGUGCGAUCCAUCUCAGAAUACUCAAGUCGUUGGCAGUAUUGGUCAAAAGUUGGGGACGCUGGUCACAGAAAUUGCGCGGUUUCUGACGGAGGUAGAUGGUUACGAAGAAUCCAUGGUGGCACUGUGCUAUGGCAGUCUCGGCAAACACUCCAGAGGAUCGUCAAUCGGCUUAGUCAAGAGGAAUCGAUGCCAUCCCCGACAGAGGAGUUGGAACCCUGCCUUGGAUCACCUCCCGAUAGAUGACCACCGGCCUACCAUAAUGGAUCGUAUCACCAAACAGACGGUUACGCUCAUCCACGGCGACACAGGCUGCGGGAAGAGCUCGAGAGUACCACAAUUCAUAAUAGAGGCGGAUCCCAACGCCAAGAUCGUCGUAACCCAGCCAAGGAGGCUGGCAGCUAUCACGUUAGCCCACCGAGUGCGAGAUGAGCUCACAGCGUGUGGCAAGGAUGGUGCCUCCUUGGUCGGGUAUCGAAUAGGUGGAGGAGAGAGAAGCGAAUCAUCAGGCGCUGAAGAGCCUCGGAUUCUCUUCGUUACUACAGGCUAUCUCCUCCAGAGUCUCGUCCAAGACCCCAUACGACUGUACACCAAGUGGACCCAUGUCAUACUGGACGAAGCACAUGAGCGUGGUAUGGAUGUCGAUCUGGUGAUGUCUAUAGUACGACUGAUGAGAAGGCAGUCGGUGUCCCCUGACUUCAAGAUAGUCGUAAUGAGCGCAACUCUACAGGGCAAGGUGCUCGCUGACUAUUUCCGGGAUCUCAAUGCUGGUGUCUCGGGUGGGUCGUUGAAGCCUAUAUACGUCGGUGUCAAACGAUUCGCAGUGGAGAGUUACUACCUCGAUGAUCUCUGGGGUCUGUCUCGGCCCCCUGACCCCUCAUCUACUACUGUAGCUGACACACUGAGAGCUCGGAAUUCAGUUUCAAAGAUAUUAGCGAGUGAUGCAACCGAGGGAAUCAACAAGCUCACUAAACUUCAAGACUCGGCGAUCGAGGCCGUAGAGAGCAAGAUGGUCCCUGGUGGCACAAUAGGACUAGUGGAUCUCAAGGACAGUCUGGACCUCUGGGGUGACUCUCUGGGGCCCUCGGCGGCCCCAGACUGCGUCACCAAACUGGCGGCCGUGAAUCAGGCAGCCAACCUCUCGCCAUCGACGAAGUACGAAGUUGAUCUUUCCAUUGCUAUGCUUCAUCCGCCUCGUAAUGGCUCUGCGCUUCUCGUCCGAUCGCUUCAUCUCGAGAGUUCUAUGUUCGUGCCUUGUGUCGCUCCCUUCGCAGCUUACCCUCCUACACUGACCGCAUCACAGGCGGUACCUCAUAAGUCGCUCUGUGGGAACGGCUUUCUGGUGCACCCCGAGGUGGUCUCCUACUCGUACGAUGUGUUGGUCUGGAGGCUCAUUCAGCACUUUUGUGAUGGUGGGGAUAGCGUGAUCGUAUUCUUACCUGGUAUUGCGGAGAUCUUCGACCUCAAUAACUACUAUAGGUCUAUGAUCGAACCGACACUCAUCGGGGUACGAUGUGAAGUGGUGGUACUGCAUAGCACAGUCCCUAUACAGUACGACAGUGAGGGCAAUCUACCUAGGCCUGGGCCAACAGAAGUCCGAGUGUAUCUAUCUACCAAUAUAGCCGAAUCAAGCGUCACCAUACCGGGGGUUAAACUCGUCAUAGACACGUGUAUUGCGAGGCAGGUUGUAUACGACCAGACGCGCGAGACGGUUGGGGAUACGUCUUACCGAGCUACCUUGAAGAAUGUAUGGACGAGCCAAGCAUCGUCAAUGCAGAGAAUGGGCCGUGCUGGUAGAGAGAGUAACGGCUUAUGCAUACGCCUGGUGACGCGGAGAUGGUUCAAGACUGGUAUGGCAAAGUAUGACACCUGUGAGAUGCGACGUGCUCCUUUGGAGAAGAUUUACCUCAACAGCAAGUACCUAUGUCAGCAGCUGAUGAAAAGAAUGCCUAGGCUUGGGCUGCUAACUGCGAGGUCAUUGCUACUCGAACACACUCCCGAACCGCCGGGUUUGGCCUCACUGAAUGCUACAGUAGAUGCACUAGAGCGGUAUGGCGCUUUGACGCCGAGCCCAACAGGGACCGAGCAAUUGUCGGAGAUAACCAUUCUGGGGAAACUGUGCAUCAUCAUGCCAUUGGAGUUGAGACUGUGCAAAAUAAUCCUACUGAGCGUCUGGCUGGGCUGUGCUCUGGACGGGGUACUCAUCGCCUCCGCCCUCUCCUCACAGGAUCCAUUCACAAUGCCUAGCAUGCUAGUCAUGAAAGAAUGGAGACAGUUUGGGCGGAGUGCUAGAUCAAGCUUCGAGACUAGGUCUCGUAUGGACGCCGGGUCGUACUCGGAGCCAUUGAUGCUCCGCAAUCUCUUGCGGAACUGGCUUGUGGCGUACUAUCACUCAGGCGGGGCGGACGGCAGCGAUCGGCAGAGCAUUUUGAAGCACACUAUGGAAUUCUGCAGGUCUACGAAAUUGGCGGUGAUACCUCAACGGCUGACAAACAUCAUCAUGACUGUCAUGGACGUGAGCAAUAGGCUAUUAGGCCUCUUACAACCCGACACCUUGGCCCACAGACAAAUAUCCUGUCUGCUUGAGCUAUUGGGUUUGGGAGAUGAUGUGGCCAAGAAGGAGGUGGUCGAGAGCCUGGAGAGUUUUGGUGCAGCAGACGAUGCAUUGAUGCAAGCGAUGCUGUGCGGCGCGUUUAUGCCCAACCUCGUGGUGGGCCAUCCAGGAAAGCCGUCGAGUGACUGCGAAGAGUCUCCUCUCACCCUCAGUCUUCAGAUGGAAAAUCCUACCGAGGUCAGAGUAGCGGCACUACGCGAGGGUCUGAUGUCCAGCGGUGUUCUGAGCAAUAAAGACAGAGUUGCUAUAGAAGCCACUCACACUGGGGUAGUCCUCCGAGCAUCUCCUCGGCGGCGAGGCGAAGCAAUGAAGCGUGAGAAACUCAGUGAUGAUGAUAAGGAGGAGCGAGCUAGGAAGCGGCGUGUGACUGCGGUGGGUAUGACAGCGAUGGAUGAGGAUCUGAAGGCAUUGAACGAACUUGCCGAGAUACAGGUAGAUGGGCGAAGUGAAGAAGACGAGAAGGAAAAAAGUUGCGACAAUACACUGGGGGUAACCUGGAACGAUGCUGAGGAUGCAUGGGUUGUCAAGAGGAAGGAGGCUAUAGGAGGUAUACUAGCCUACAUCACUUUCUCUAUGACCCCUUUCUUCACAGGCAAAGACAUAGUAAUUCGAAAAGCCUUCGUGGCUGAUGAGAAUACGAGCAUAGUGAAGUCCCGUAUGGAUGCUAUUAAUUGGUGA